GAAGUUAGAUGCUAGUUAGAUCUUUGAUCUAAACAGAGAUCGGAGAAGAAGAAGAGAAGAGAAUGGGAACGACGGUGGCGGGUCUAGCGCCGGGUCUGUCACGGAAGCUGAAGAAGGUUCUAGAAUCGAGGAUCGACACGCCUGAUCUCUUGUCUUCGCUCAACACGCUCUCUUCCUUCUACGAUGAGAACACUCCUCAGGCGCGCCGCAACCUCCGAUCCACCAUCGAGAAGCGAUCCCUCUCCAUCAACCGCGAAUUCCUCGACGCUUCCCACGCCGCGCAACUCGCUUUGGAUAGCGUGGAGAACGAGGUUGAUACGCUCGCCGAGUGCUGCGACAGGAUAGCUAAGGCUUUGAAUAGUUGUAGUGCUAGCACUGCUGACAUUAUCAGUACCACAGAGAGGCUCAAACAAGAGCUUGAAAGUACUACACAAAGACAAGAGAUUGUAGCAUGUUUCUUACGUGAUUAUCAGCUCUCCCCUGAAGAGAUAAAUGCACUUAGAGAAGAAGAGCUGAAUGAAAACUUUUUCAAGGCAUUAUCUCAUGUCCAAGAGAUUCAUUCUAAUUGCAAAGUGUUACUUAGGACACAUCAUCAGCGAGCUGGUUUAGAGCUGAUGGAUAUGAUGGCUGUGUAUCAAGAAGGAGCAUAUGAGCGCCUAUGCAGGUGGGUUCAGGCUGAAUGUAGAAAAUUGGGGGACACUGACAAUCCGGAAGUCAGUGAGCUUCUGAAAACAGCUGUACGCUACCUCAGGGAAAGAUCUGUCCUUUUCAAAUAUUGUGCAGAAGAGGUAGCCAAUAUGAGACAUAAUGCACUAUUUAGAAGAUUUAUAAGUGCUCUUACACGUGGAGGACCUGGUGGAUUGCCUCGACCAAUUGAAGUCCAUGCUCAUGAUCCACUACGAUAUGUGGGUGAUAUGCUAGGCUGGUUGCAUCAGGCCUUGGCAUCUGAACGUGAACUUGUAGCUGUAUUACUUGAUCCAGAUGCAAUUAUCGAUAAUGGAUCAAAGCAAAUCUCGGAUAACUCUGAGAAUGGCUCUGGGAAGACAGAGUCUGACUUGAAGUUUGUUCUUGAUAGAAUUUUUGAAGGAGUAUGUCGACCGUUCAAAUUGAGAGUUGAACAAGUUUUACAGUCUCAACCAAGUCUAAUAGUAUCCUACAAGCUCAGUAAUACACUUGAAUUUUACAGCUACACUAUCUCAGAUUUACUUGGACGAGAAACUGCACUUUGUAAUACACUCUGGGCACUGAAAGAUGCUUCUCAGAAAACAUUUUUUGAUAUUUUGAAAGGUCGAGGGGAAAAGCUUUUACGGUAUCCCCCACUUGUUGCUGUUGAUCUUUCACCACCACCAGCAGUGAGGGAAGGUGUAUCUGUACUUCUUGAAAUUAUUGACACCUACAACAGCAUGAUGUUUCCUGCUUCUGGCCAAAAACCUGCUUUUGGUCCAGUUAUAUCUGCUACACUGGAUCCAAUAGUUCAGAUGUGUGAACAAGCAGCAGAGGCACACAAGUCGAAGGGAGUUGGCCACUCAGCAAGAAGGAGUAGGAUGAGUUCUGAUUCUGGUCAACUUACUAAAUCAUCAGUUGAUGCAAUCUUGUCAAAUAGCAGCUCUGCUUCAUCCUCACUGACUAGUGAAACCCCUUCAAAGAUCUUUCUCAUUAACUGCUUGUGUGCUAUUCAACAACCUCUUUCUGGAUAUGAGGUGGUUGCUGAUUACGUUAAAAGACUUGGAGCAAUGAUAGAUAAUCACCUGCGUGUUCUUGUGGAAAAAGAAGCUGAUGCAAUCUUAAGAAGAUGCAAUUUGUCAGAAAAGAUGCCUCACUUCUACAGUUCAAUCGAUAAGGAAGGGGACAAUGAAGUGGGUACCCCAUUGGCUGAGAUGGAGGACACUAGUCCAGCCAUUCUUUCAGAGUGUUUGAAAACUCUGUUUGGCCUUAUCUUGGGAAGUGAAAGUUCCCUGCCCGAAUUUGAGCAGAUACAGGUUCCAAGGUUGCGUUCUGAAGCUUCUAUUGGCGUGGCCAGGUCACUGGCCGAAGCUUAUGAGCUUAUUUAUAAGGCUAUUAUGGAUCCGAAGAAUGGUUAUCCGGACCCCAGAUCGCUGGCAAGGCAUCCUCCUAAUCAGAUAAGAACUAUAUUAGGAAUAUAAGUUUUGUUCUUUUGUUUUGCCCCGACCUGUUUUGCUUAAUGCUUAUUAUGUUUGUUAAUUACGUAAAUAACCUUUUUUCUUUUUCUCUCUCAUCUGAGAUUGUAUUGCUGUACAAAAAACUUCUGUGAUCUACACCCUGCUCUUAACUUUUGAGAUGCUUUAUUGGAAUUCUAUUUUUGUUGUCAUUAUAUUCAUUAAA